AUGGCUGCCGACGAUUUCUAUGCCGCCAAUCCUGGCUACACCACAAGGCUCGCUCUCCACCUCGGCAACUCGGAAGGCGAUGCCUUCAGAGCUGCGGCGGCAGUUGCUUCCGUUGCAUGCAAGGCUAUUGAUUCAGAGCCAUCUUCUUGUAACCAUUUUUCAGCUUGUCUUUCUAUUUAUCACUUUGGGUAUUUCUUUUUGCAAAAAAUUGAGUUUUCAGGAAUCGAUCUGCUGAAAGCUUUUGGAGCAGAAGCGAUCAUAGCACCACAGCAAUCAGCGGAGGCCAGAUUUGUUAUGAAGAUUGGAGAUAAAGCUCAUGUUCCUAUCAUCUCCUUUUCAGAACUAAGUCCUCAUUUUUCAACCAAGGAAAGUCCCUACUACAUACAGACUUCCUUAGCUGACUCCACCCAAGCCAGAGUAAUCAGUUCUAUAGUUCAGGAAUUCAGAUGGAAUCAGGUUGUUCCAGUUGUUGAAGACAGUGGGUAUGGAAAUGGAAUUCUGCCUUACCUGAUCGAUUCGUUACAGGAAAUCAACGUUCAUGUCCCAUACGGAAGUAAGAUUCCUUCCUCAGCUACAGAGGAACAGAUCCUGAAAGAGCUUAUUAAGUUGAAGAAGAUGCAGACAAGAGUAUUUAUAGCACAUCUGACAAGUAAUUCUGGUUUACAGUUUUUCUCUAUUGCAGAAAAGGAAGGAAUGCUGGAAGAAGGAUAUGUAUGGAUUACAACUUCUGCAUUGACUGAUAUGGCAUUAUCAGCCACUGAUGUGAUGCAGGGGGUUUUGGGUAUAAAACCUUAUGUUUAUGAGACAAAAAGGCUUCAGAACUUUAAGCAGAGAUGGAGGAAAAAAUUCCAACAGGAAGAUCCUCAAACCAGACUUACUGAACCCACGUUAAUGGGGUUAUGGGCAUAUGACACAGUUUGGAUGUUAGCUCUGGCAGCAGAGAGGGGUGUUAUGGCUAACUCCACAUUUGAGGUGUUAGAAAUCAGUAAUAGCUAUACAGAUUUAGGCAGUAUUGGCGUAUACUCAAAUGGACCCAAACUGCUUGAAUCUAUAAAAAGAACUAACUUCGAUGGCUUGUCUGGAAAAUUCCAUCUGGUGGAGAGUCAGUUAGAGAUUCAAACUUUUGAGAUAGUAAAUUUAGUUGGCCGUGACCGAAGAAGAAUUGGGUUCUGGAGAAGUAAAAAUGGUAUAUCGGGAUCGAAGAAUUCCAGAAGUAAGCUUGAUGUUGUAACAUGGCCCAGUGGAACAAAGGUGGUGCCUAAAGGGUGGGAAUGGCCUACAAAGGGAAACAAGCUCAGGAUUGCUGUUCCAGUGCAGCCAAAAUUCAAUAAAUUUCUCUAUGCGGAAGAUGAUCCCCUUUCUAAAAAUCUAAAUGUUGGCGGCUAUAGCAUAGAUGUUUUCAAAGCUGCAAUGAAGGAGCUACCUUAUGUUGCUUAUGAGUUGAUCCCAUAUGGUCUAGAUAGUAGCGGAAAACCUAAUGCUACCUAUCAUGAUAUUCUUUAUCAAGUUUAUCUUCAGAAUUUUGAUGCUGUGGUAGGAGAUGUGACAAUCAUAGCCAAUCGGUCCAUAUAUGUAGAUUUUACAUUUCCAUACACUGAGUCAGGGGUUUCAAUGCUUGUUCCCGUCAAGGACGAGCUCCAAAAGGGAGCAUUAGCCUUCUUGAAGCCAUUCGAUGCGGGUCUUUGGCUGGCCAGCGGAGCCUUUUUUCUCUUUACAGGAUUUGUGGUUUGGUCUCUUGAGCAUAGAAUCAAUAAGGAGUUUAGAGGAGCACCGAUAGAUCAAUUUGGAAAUGUCCUUUACUUCUCUUUCUCCUCUCUUGUCUUUGCCCACAGGGAGAAAUUGUUGAGUAAUUUAUCAAGGAUUAUCGUUGCAGUAUGCGUUUUUUUGGUGUUCAUACUGAAAUCUAUUUACACAGCAAGCUUGUCAUCUAUGCUAACAGUCGAGCAACUUCAGCCGACAGUGAGAGAUUUGAGUGACCUCAUUAAGCAGGGAAUCCAUGUUGGUUAUAUGAAUUACUCUUACAUGCCGAACCUCCUUAAACAAUGGAAGUUCGAUCAGUCCAAGCUCAUUCCUUUCAACUCAGCAGAAGAGUACCAUGAGGCCUUGUCUAAUGGCACGCUUGCAGUCUUUCUAGAUGAGACACCUUACCUCAAACUCUUCCUCAAUGAGAAUUGUGGCAAGUAUACUAUGGUUGGACCAAUUUACAAGACUGAAGGUUUUGGAUUUGCCUUCCCCAAGGGCUCGCUAUUAGUUCAUGAGGUUUCAAAGGCAAUACUUAAACUACUGGAGAGCGAUGAAAUGUUAAACAUUGAGAAGAAAUUAUAUGGCAGUGAAGUCUGUGACAGGAAUGAAUACAAUGGUACAAGUCUUAUUAGCCUAACAUUACAUAGCUUUUGGGGUCUAUUUCUCAUGACUGGAGUCACUUCUAUCACAACUCUAAUUUUAUAUCUGGCUUCUUUUCUAAACAAGCAUAGCCGGUCUCUGUUCAGUGUAAAUUCUGAGAAAUCCCUCAAAAGCAAACUUGUCAAAUUAACAAAGAUUUAUGAUCAGGUGGAAAUGCAUAAGCCAAUCAAAGUUCAAGAACAACAAGCAGCGAGAUGUGGACAAGAAAGUCAUUUCAGUGACCCCAACGAUGCAGUUAGACAUACUGAAUCCGACAAACAACCAGAGACUUCAUUUGAUGGGAAAGAAAAUACCAGUGCUCUGUUUGGGGCGGCUGCAGCUUCUCAGCUUUUCAGUUGCAGCUAUGCUGCCCCGGGAGCUGCUGUGGGGAAGCUGCUGCAGGAAAGCUGGUUGUCUGUUUGUUGCAGCUGUGUGAAAACAGCUAUUGGGUAG